UCAUAUCUUUCGGAAGUGUUCUUUGGUUUUCGCCGUUUCAUUUCCAAUCCACAAACAAUCUUGUCAUUGUUUUACCCUCCUGCUAUUUCUUGUAGCACGUAUCUACCGGUACCUAUCUAUCUUCCUACCGUAUUAUUCACUACUCCAUGUCCUCUUCAAAAUUUGUAGAUGACGAUCGCUUCGACGGUCUCUACUUGAAUGUGGCGUCAGCUGCCCAUGGGAUUGAACCGUUGUUGGAUACCGUCUUUUCCUUUUUGCGUCGCAAGACAGACUUUUUUGCCGGUCCACCGGGAGCCACCGAUGGCACGCAAGUCGCCAUUCAAAAGGUCAAUCAAGUACUCCAGAAACAUGCUGCUUUGUACGAAAAGGAACACGCCAAAAAGAAACCUCCUCCUCCUCAAAAGAAGGCCAAAAAGGAAGAAGUCAUUGAAAUGGGAGCCGAUGGGGGAUUUGACGUGACAGCCGCAGCCGCAGCCACGACAACCAAAAAAGAGAAGACUCCACCAGCUGCUACUCCAAAAGUAGAGGAGAAAAAGAAAAAGGUAGAAGAAACUCCAGCCGACAAACCAAAAAGUGACACAGAGGUUACCCCCACCACCAAAGACGAUAAGGAUAACAGCGAGGAACCCGACAACGAUGGGAAGGUAAUUCCCUCCAAGGGCAAUGGUGGCACUGUGGAUGGAAAAUAUGUCUGGACGCAAAUUCUAGCCGAAUUAUCCGUCACGGUACCACUGCCCGACAAUACGCGAGGACGAGAUUUGAAUGUCACCAUUUCCCGAAAACACCUCAAAGUGGGACUUCGAAAUGCCCUUAAAAACGACAAUGGAGGCACAGCUACCAAAUGGCUCGUCGACGACGACUUGAUCAAACCCAUUGUCACGGACGACAGCUUUUGGACGGUCGAAGAUGGUAAUCGACUCGUCUUGAAUUUGCAAAAGACAAAUGCCAUGGAAUGGUGGGAUGCCGUUUGUGUCAACGACACGCCCAAAAUCAAUGUCCAAAAGAUUCAACCGGAAAAUUCACAACUCGGUGAUCUCGAUGGGGAAACCCGCAAAACCGUAGAGAAAAUGAUGUUUGAUCAGAGACAAAAGGCAGCUGGAUUGCCCACCAGUGAGGAACAGCAAAAAUUCGACAUGAUUGAGAAAUUCAAAAAGCAACAUCCCGAACUCGAUUUCUCGCAAGCCAAAAUUAGUUAGUGACGCAACAAAAGAAAAAGUGGGAAACCUACUGCAGCAACUAAUUUUACAUGGAGAACCAUGGAUGGAUGGAAAUCAGGAUAAGCAAAUUCACUUUUUCAAACUGCUACCUGACCAAUUAUUUCAACUAUAUAUUACAGUAGAGUAGUUAUUGGGAGG